UCACAUAGGCUACCAUUCUGCUCUCAGAUUUCUCGGGGGCGGCUCAACAGUGACUUUCCUUCUACGCAACCCAGCUGUCUUUGACGAAAACGAAGCGAUCCAAACAUACGUCAAGUCUGGAAAGGCACGUCUCGUAAAGGGGGAUGCCCUAGUCCAAGAGGACAUCAAGCGUCUCUGGGCAGAAGCAUCCUCUGAACGACCCAUUGACCUUCUCCUCUUCACCCUCGGCUACACCGGAAAACCCACCUUCAACAUCCUCAAAGGCUUCCAAAUCACUCCUCCAAACCUCGUAACGCAAGCCCUGCUCAACAUUCUAACCACAAUGCCCAAAACACCCCCACUUCCCAAAGUCAUCGUCCUCUCCACCGCAGGCGUCAGUCGCUCAUCGAUUGCACAUGUACCCUUCCUUUUGAAGAUUCUUUACGGGUGGCUUAUCGCCCAGCCUCUGCGCGACAAACUUGGCAUGGAGCGCCUCAUUUAUCAUUGCGCCGGAUGGGAGUGGAAUACCGAGGUUGACGGAGAGCCUGGCGAAGAGAUUAUGGGCAGUAAAGAGUGGAGGGACACCGAGGGUCUUCCUGCUCCGGGGACAUUGAAGGAUGCGAUAGUGUUGAGAGCCGCAGGAUUGACAGACGGCGACUGCUUAGCAGAUAAGAGAAAGGAGGGCGAAAAAAUACCCUAUCGGGCUGGAGAAGGCCAUGUUAUUGGGUGGACAGUGUCGAGGAAAGACGUGGCCCAUUUCAUUGAAGAUGCCGUCCUCAAUCGCUGGUCCGAGUACGGAAACAAGCAAAUUGGAAUCGCAUAUUAAUUUCUCCUUCGUUUUUCUAUUUCGAGCUCUUUAGUUAGUUACCAGAUCUAUACCGUGGAUGUCGGAGCAGAUGCUAAAUAAUUUCAAGGACAGUAAUGGGUGGAUUAGAUAUUUAUAGGGUAUGGCAAUAUUUCUACAUUUCCAGCACAGUCGCAGGAUUCAUCCUUGGUGACGAACUUUGUCCCAAAAGAUACAUUCGAAGUG